AUGUGCCCCCUCCCCAUGGAACAUCUUGUCUCCACCGCUGGUAGGACCGAAGUGCUUCGAGAAUCUAUCGCGGACCGACACGAUCAGGAAGAAGUUGUCCCCCCUGAGCUCGAAAACGCCACCCCCUGCUUCCUCUGGAAGAAUUGGAGACGGUCUCAGGGCAAGGGCAACACCAUAUGGCGCGAAAAGCGUCGCCAGGUACUUCAAGCCACCUCCUGGCCUGCUGAAAACGCCGGCCGGCCCGCAGACCACUCGUUGUACCUCCGAGUGUUUCGUCUCAAUAUCUCUCCAAGGAACUGUGGGGCCUUGGUAUCAAAGAAAAUCCUUGAGGUGUCUACGCCGGGCCAUUGA